GCAGUCUGCGCUUGAUUUUAGUGGUGAUAAUACGUGCUUAGUGCUGUGAAGUGUAAAAAAUAACGCGUGAAGAUCAGUGUUACGGAUAAAAGCUAUGAUUGCGUGAUCUGAACUUGACUGUGUCAAAUUAAACAGAAUGUGGCCAUCAGCGUCAUGGUCAGCGCAGACGAUGUGCGCGGGCGUGGCGCUGGCUCUCUCGCUGUCUCUCAGCGCGGGCCGGCGCGACUUCAAGGACCAGGAUCGCAUGAACUCGGACAUAUCGCUGUGGAUCGACGAGCGGCAAGUUCGCAUGUUUAGCGGUAUAUCAAUGCAAGUAUUCGCAAUACAAAAUGGAAACAUACAACCGUAUAUACUGGAUCCAAAUUUUUCACACAAGCUUCCAAUUAUUCCUUCAGAGGUUGGUUAUGUGAACUUCACGUGGAGGUCCAAAAAGAGAUAUUAUUAUAAUUUCGACAUACUUACAUCUUCCGAUCUGAAGGUGUUGAAACCUCCUAUUCUUUCCAUUAAGACACAGGGACGGGUGCCUAAAACACCGAAAGAAUUCAGUAUAUUUUUGCCCUGCAUGGGUAACGUGAGUGGUGUGGCAACAUUUGAAAUAGGGCUAGUGUUAAAAAACGGUCGAGGCAUCCCCCUUAAAGGCACCCCCCUAAGAUUAAACCUAAAGAAGGAAUGCGCACAGAGAGGUGUGUAUUUAGAAAGGACAGGUCCAGAUCCAGAAUGCGAUAAAAAGUGCGCAAAUCAAGGGUGGUGUAACAGCGAAAAGAUAUGCCAGUGUCCAGACGGUUACAUGGGGCAACACUGCCGAACUGCGCUCUGUUACCCGCAGUGCAUGAAUGGCGGGAACUGUACCGCGCCGGGCGUGUGUUCCUGCCCGCCUGGUUACCAGGGACGCCAUUGUGAAGGAGGUAUUUGUUCACAGAAGUGCCUUAAUGGCGGCAAAUGUAUACAGAAAGACACAUGUGAAUGUCCAAAAGGAUAUUAUGGAUUGCGUUGUGAAUUUUCAAAGUGCGUGAUCCCGUGCCUGAACGGCGGGCGCUGCAAGGGGGUGAACAAGUGCCGCUGCCCCGCCGGGCUGGGCGGCAACCACUGCGAGGUGGGGCGGCGCGGGGGCGAGUGCGCGCGCGCGUGCCGGCACGGCGUGUGCCGCGGCGGCGCCUGCCUGUGCGAGCCCGGCUGGCGGGGGCGCUACUGUCAUCGGACUUAUGGUUCAUCAGAAGAAUCCGGAGAAUAUAAGAGGCCCCGAUGAAAGAAAGCAAUAAAACUUAAUAUAUACUUAACAUAACUUACCUUGUGAUUUAAUUAAGAAAUUUUAUAUCAUACAAAGUGUAAUAAUAUUAGUCAUUUAGUUUGUAAGGCUAUUAUA